AUGGAAAAACUGAAUGAAAAUGAUCAGACUCCCAAAUGGAGCAUAGAAGCGAAAGCAGCUUUUACUGAGUUUAGGAAGCGUCGUAGAACACUUCCCUCUCCGCCAUAUAUUAAUCACGAGAAAUCAAUUCCUAUUCCUAAGAAACAAAGAGGAAAUAUUUUUGGUAACUCGAUUAACAAUGCUAAUGGUCGUAGUAUAGCUAAUGAGUUUAAUGCAAUUAAUGAUGAAGCAAAUGUCGAAAAUUCAACAUUCUCUGAGCACUUUAUGAGUGUGGAUUUAGACUUGGACUCCGAGUUAGACAGAACUGAAGUUCUGUGUGACGAUGCGGAAAAAAACAUUGCACUAGUUCGUGAAAUGAUCAAUAAUAAAAACGAUCCUUAUGUUAUUCUUGAGAAACUAACUGAUGGUCUCUCAGAAUAUUAUAAGAACUCACGUGAAGCGCUGCAAAAAAUUAAUAGUGAUAAUGCAACCAGAAUUAAUCGCUUGAAUGGUCAAAUAGUGUCUUUGGAAAAUGACUUAUACAAAAAGAUUGAUGAGGUACAAGAAAAUAGUGAUGAGAAAAUUAAAGCAAUUGAAAUCUCGCAAAAAUGUACAAAGGAAAGCAAUACCUUGUGGAUUAGUUUUGUUGAUCCUGGUGAAGUGGAAAAACUAAGGUUAAAGAAUAGACCUGAUUUGAUUCGUGAGACGAAGAAUAUCUUAAAUCGAAUGAAUAUCUGGACUAAUAGCUCGAAUAGAAUGAUUUUGGACGUUAAUGUUCAAAAAGUUACAGUAAAGAUUGAUGGCGAAUAUAAAAAUGAGCUUAUUCUUGGCGCAAAAUUUAUGAACUCCUAUAUUGUUCGUGACUUGAAACGCCUUAUAAUGGAAUAUGUUAAGACACAAUAUUUGAACAAAAAUUAUGAUUCUGUGCGAUAUACUGUGCGUGAUAAUUGGAGCCAGGAAAUAUGGAAAAUCCUUCGUGUGUGUUAUGAUCUGGUUAAUUUUAAGCUAAUAGAUAAAGCUCAAGUAACUGACACUGGUGUACUGGUGGCUUAUGAUAAAAGGAAUGAUAAGAAUAAUUCUCAGGCUAAAGAUGACACUAUAAGAGUUUUGGUAAGGAAUGAAAAAGACCUUAAUGCUUUGAGAGUCAAUAUUAAUGAUGUCGCAUGCAAUAUAUCAACAUUCCAAUUUUACGACAGCAAUUAUUUCAAGAUGAACAAUUGUGGCAGGAAGUCACAUAAAGAUAAAUUUGCAUCAAGCAUGCCAAUGAAGCAAUUGAGUGCUGUUCAUGAGGAACCAGUUAAUCCAACAUCCAGUAAUACACCAUCAUGCUGA